CUCCUCCUUCUUCUUCUUCUCCUUCUCCUUCUCCUUCUUCUCCUCCUCCCGCAGUCUGUCUGACAUCUUGUUGGCGGGCGGAAAAGCGCGACCAUAUUUGGACAUAUUCCGACGUGACGUGCACGCCGCUGGAGCACAUUGUUGGAUCGGGGGCGCGCACAGAAGCAAGAAGGGAUCUCUUUUAUUGCCACCUUUCUCCUGGAAAUACAUCUGGCUUAAAUUACCCUAAAUUGCACCUGCCGAACCUUCCAGAACCUUCCAGAACCUUCCAGAGGGCUGGACGGACCUGCUGCUGCUGCAUUGUCUCCAUCAUGAGGCUCUGAGACGUGUGAGUCAUGGAGGUGAAGGAGCGCCGACCUUACCGCUCGCUGACGGCGAGACAGGACGCCGAGCGCCGCUACACCAGCUCCUCGGCCGACAGCGAGGACGGCAGAGCCAACUCCAAGUCCUACAGUUCCACCGAGACCCUCAAGGCCUUCGACCACGACUCCAGGGUCAACUACGGCAGCCGGGUCAAGGACCUGGUGCACCACGAGGUGGACGAGUACGGCCGGCAAGGUGGCGACUUCUCCUUCCGAGACCUGGGUGUGGGCGAGGCCCUCCCUCACCACGUGAGCUACAGGGGCGAGCUAGGCAUGCCGCACCGUGACUACUCUAUCAGCGCGGGCUCCGACACGGAGACGGACGGCGUCAUGUCGCCCGAGCACGCCGUCAGGCUGUGGGGGCGGAGCAACACCAAGUCGGGUCGCAGCUCGUGUCUCUCCAGUCGGGCCAACUCCAACCUGACACUGACCGACACCGAGCACGAGAACACGGAGAACGGUCCACCGCCGCUCUGUUCCUCCUCCUCCUCCUCCUCCUCCCCCGUGGAGCAGCCCCCCUUCCCUCCCCCUCGCAUUGCGGCCAAUCAGAGCCCUGGGGGGUUGCUAGGUAACAGUGACUCUGAGGAUGAGUUUGGUUCAUUCUUAGUUAAAGCUGGCUCAGGGAACACGUACGUCGCUGAUGACGUCUUCCACAACCACCCCCGGCUGAGGACGCCCCCCCUGUCCCACUCCCACUCCCACUCUCCCAACCAGCAGCACCACGCCUCCUCCAUCAACUCCCUCAACCCAGGGAACUACACGCCCAGGAGCAACCCAAGCCCCGCCCCCACCGACGGCUCCGCCCCGCCCGAGGGUCCGGCCUGCGCCCAGGACUCGGCGGGCGGCGCCCCCGACACCUGGCUGCUCAACAGCAACAUCCCGCUGGAGACCAGGAGCCAGAAUACUCUCAUGUUUAUUGGAGAGGAGCAAGAUGCUUGCAGAGAAGGGCAGGGCUCGUACACAACCAGAAACAUAGCACAGCAGGCAUUCCUCGAGACUUUGCAGGACAACCUCAUUGAGAUGGACACUCUGGCGUCCGCUCGCCGCCAGGCCGCCUACGACGACGGGCACUUCCUGUUCAAGCCGGGCGGGACCUCCCCGAUGUACUGCACCACGUCGCCCGGGUACCCGCUGACCUCCAGCACGGUGUACUCGCCGCCGCCGCGACCUUUGCCCCGCGGCGCCUUCUCCCGGCCCGCCUUCAGCCUGAAGAAGCCCUCCAAGCACUGCAACUGGAAAUGUGCCGCCCUCGCCGCCAUCCUCGUCUCCGUCACGCUGCUCUGCCUGCUGGCCUACUUCAUCGCCAUGCACCUUUUGGGCCUCAACUGGCACCUGAAGCCCACGCACAGACAGAUGUACCACGUGACGGAGGACAACACAAGCGGCCUGACGUUACCUACCGACCUGAGCCUGGGGCCGCUGGGCAACACGGGCCUGGAAGCGCCGGGUCGCGGGCGCAAAGACGACACAGGCGGCUUGUUCCCUGACGACAGCUACAUCGACAUGGGCGAGAUCGACGUGGGACGCAAAGUGGCCCAGCAGAUCCCGCCCGCCGUCUUCUGGAGGUCUCAGGUCUUCGUGGAUCACCCCAUGUACCUGAAGUUCAACGUGUCCCUCGGCAAAGACGCCUUAGUGGGGGUCUACGGCAGGAGGGGUCUGCCCCCGUCUCACACGCAGUUUGACUUUGUGGAGCUGCUGGAUGGCCGACGUCUGCUGGCCCACCACCCUCCCGGCCUGGAGGGGCCCGCCGCCCUGCAGAGGAGCCUGGCCCCUGUGAGCACACACGACACAGGCUUCAUUCAGUACAUGGAGUCUGGCAUCUGGCACCUGGCAGUCUACAACGACGGCAAGGACACUGAGACUGUCUCCUUCCUCACCACCGCCAGCGAUUCGGUGGAUUCAUGUCCAAGCAGCUGUUUUGGGAACGGUGAUUGUGUUUCUGGAACUUGUCACUGCUUCCUGGGCUUUAAAGGUCCUGACUGUGGGCGUGCCGCCUGCCCGGUGCUGUGCAGUGGUAACGGUCAGUACCGCAAGGGCGGCUGCAUGUGUCACAGCGGCUGGAAGGGCUCCGAGUGCCACGUGCCCACCAGCCAGUGUGUGGACGUCAGCUGCAGCGGGCGCGGCGCCUGCAUCGUGGGCACCUGCAUCUGCAACCCCGGCUACAAGGGCGACAACUGUGAGGAAGUGGACUGUCUGGACCCCACCUGCUCGGGCCGAGGCGUGUGCGUCCAGGGCGAGUGUCACUGCUUCGUGGGCUGGGGAGGUUCUGGCUGCGAGAGUCCCAGGGCCUCCUGCACCGACCAGUGCUCCGGACACGGAACAUUCCAGGCCGACGCCAACACCUGCAGCUGCGACGCCAACUGGACCGGACACGACUGCUCCGCAGAGAUCUGCACAGCCGACUGCGGCGGCCACGGCGUGUGCGUGUCGGGCAUCUGUCGCUGUGACGAGGGCUGGACGGGCGGCGGAUGCGAGCAGAGGGCGUGUCACCCCCGCUGCAGCGAGCACGGCACCUGCAGGGAGGGCAAGUGCGAGUGCAGCCCGGGAUGGAACGGGGAGCACUGCAGCGUCGCCCACUAUCUGGAUAGAGUAGUGAAAGAGGGCUGUCCCGGCCUGUGUAACGGUAACGGCAGGUGCACUCUGGGUAAUGGCGGCUGGUCCUGCGUGUGCCAGCUGGGCUGGAGAGGCGGCGGCUGCGACACGUCCAUGGAAACGGCCUGUGGCGACGUCAAGGACAACGACGCAGACGGCCUGGUGGACUGCAUGGACCCUGACUGCUGCCUCCAGGCCAGCUGUCUCAGCACCGCCUUGUGUGUGGGCUCCCCGGACCCCCUGGACAUCAUCAAGGAGACGCAGGUGUCUUCGGGCCAGGGCAACCUGGGAACUUUCUACGACCGCGUCCGAUUCCUGGUGGGCAGGGAGAGCACACACGUGGUGCACGGCGCCAACCCCUUCGACGGGAAGCACGCCUGCGUCAUCCGAGGACAGGUGGUGACCUCGGACGGGACGCCGCUGGUGGGCGUCAACAUCAGCUUCAUCAACAAGCCGGCUUUGGGCUACACCGUCAGCAGGCAGGACGGAAGUUUCGACCUCCUGACCAAUGGGGGCCUCGCGGUGGCCUUGCACUUUGAGCGGGCUCCCUUCAUCACCCAGGAGCACACUCUCUGGUUGCCGUGGGGACGCUUCUUCGUCAUGGAUACCAUCGUCAUGCGCCACGAGGAGAACGACAUCCCCAGCUGCGACCUCAGCGGCUUCGCCCGGCCCAGCCCUGUGGUCACGCCAGCGCCGCUCACCGCCUUCGCCGGAUCCUGCGCCGAGAGGGGCACGGUGGUUCCUGAGAUCCAGACCCUGCAGGAGGAAGUGAGGAUCCCAGGUACAGACAUGAGACUAGUGUACCUGAGCAGCAGGACGUCAGGCUACAAGUCCAUGCUGAAGGUGGCGCUCACACACUCCACCAUCCCCUUCAACCUGAUGAAGGUGCACCUGAUGGUGGCCGUGGAGGGUCGCCUCUUCAGGAAGUUCUUCCCCGCCGCCCCCAACCUCUCCUACGACUUUGUGUGGGACAAGACUGACGUGUACGGCCAGAAGGUCUACGGCUUGUCCCAGGCCUUUGUAUCAGUGGGUCUGGAGUACGAGUCGUGUGCAGACGUGGUGGUGUGGGAGAAAAGGACGGCGAUGCUUCAAGGCUACGAGAGCACAGCCUCCAAACUGGGAGGAUGGACCUUAGAGCACCAUCACGCUCUCAACCUGCAGAGUGGUAUCCUCCACAUGGGCAACGGGGAGAACAUCUUCAUCUCCCAGCAGCCGCCCGUCAUGGGCAGCGUGAUGGGCAACGGGCGGCGCCGCAGCAUCUCCUGCCCCAGCUGUAACGGCAUGGCGGACGGCAACAAGCUGCUGGCGCCCGUGGCGUUGGCGUGCGGCUGGGACGGCAGCCUGUAUGUGGGCGACUUCAACUACGUCAGGAGGAUCUACACCACCGGGAACGUCACCAGCGUGCUGGAGCUCAGAAAUAAAGACUUCAGGCACAGCAGUAGCCCCGCCCACAAGUACUACCUGGCCAGCAGCCCCGUCAGCGGUGCGGUGUACCUGUCCGACACCAGCAGCCGUAAAGUCUUCAAGGUCAAGUCUCUGGCCGCCAUCAAGGACCCGGCCAAGAACCUGGAACUGGUGGCCGGCACUGGUGACCAAUGUCUGCCGUAUGAUGACGCCCGCUGUGGUGAUGGCGGCAAGGCGGUGGACGCCACGCUCACCAACCCCAGAGGCAUGGCGGUGGACAAGUACGGCGUGGUGUUCUUGGUGGAUGGCACUAUGAUCCGCAGGAUCGACCAGAACGGGAUCAUCUCCACCCUGCUGGGCUUCAACGACCUGACCUCCGCACGACCUCUCAGCUGUGACGCCGUCAUGGACAUCUCGCAGGUGCGCCUGGAGUGGCCCACAGACCUGGCGGUGAGUCCCUUGGACAAUUCCUUGUACGUCCUGGACAACAACGUGGUCCUCCAGAUCUCCGAGAACCACCAAGUGCGCAUCGUGGCGGGCAGGCCCAUGCACUGCCAAGUGCCCGGCAUGGACCACUUCCUCAUGAGCAAGGUGGCCAUCCACGCCACCCUGGAGUCGGCCAACACGCUGGCCGUGUCCCACACCGGAGUCCUGUACAUCGCCGAGUCGGACGAGAAGAAGAUCAACCGUGUCCGCCGGGUGUCCACCGACGGCGAGAUCUCCUUGGUGGCGGGGGCGCCCAGCGGCUGCGACUGCAAGAACGACGCCAACUGCGACUGCUACUCGGGCGACGAGGGCUACGCCAUGGACGCCAAGCUGAACGCGCCCUCGUCCUUGGCGGUGUGUCCGGACGGAGAGCUCUACAUCGCCGACCUGGGCAACAUCCGCAUCCGCUACGUGCGCCAGAACAAGCCCUACCUGAGUCCCCUCAACAUGUACGAGGUGUCCUCCCCCAUCCAGGACCAACUCUACCUCUUCGACGCCAACGGCAGCCACGUCUUCACCCAGAGUCUGACCACCGGGGACCACCUGUACAACCUCACCUACACGGGCCAGGGCCAGCUGAGCAGCAUCACGGACAACAACAAGAACGUGGUCACCAUCCGCCGCGACACCACGGGGAUGCCUCUGUGGCUCAUGGUGCCCGACGGACAGACCUUCUGGUUCACCGUGGGCGCCAACCACGCGCUCAAAAGUGUGGCGGCGCAGGGCCAAGAACUCGCCGUCAUGACCUACCACGGAAGUUCCGGGCUGCUGGCCACCAAAACCGAUGAGAACGGUUGGACCACCUUCUUUGAGUAUGACAGCUUCGGCCGCCUGACCAACGUCACCCACCCGACGGGCCGCGUCAGCAGCUACCGGGCCGACGCCCACGGCGCCGUCCGCAUCCAGACGGAGGGCGCCGCCAAGGAGGACGUCACGGUCACCGCCAACAUGUCCGCCUCGGGCACCUUCUACACGCUCAUGCAGGAGCAAGUGCGUAACAGCUACUUCCUGGGCCUGGACGGCUCCCUGAGGCUGGCCCUGGCCAGCGGCAUGGAGGUGUCUCUGCACACGGAGCCUCACCUGCUGGCCGGCACCGUGCACCCUGCUGUGAGCCGCAGGAACAUCACCCUGGCCCUGGACAACGGACUCAACCUGGUGGAGUGGCGCCAGAGGAAGGAGCAAGCACGCGGCCUUGUCACCGUCUACGGCCGCAGGCUGAGGGUGCACAACCGGAACCUGUUGUCUCUGGACUUUGAUCGGAUCACCAGAACAGAGAAGGUCUACGACGACCACAGGAAGUUCACGCUGAGGAUCCACUACGACCUCGCCGGGCGGCCCACCCUCUGGGCGCCCAGCAACCGCCUGAACGGGGUCAACGUCACCUACUCGUCAGGAGGGCAGGUGGCGGGCAUCCAGAGGGGCACCAUGUCGGUGCGCAUGGACUACGACCACAACGGCAGGAUCACCUCCAAGAUCUUUGCUGACGGGAAGUCGUGGAGCUACACCUACCUGGAGAAGUCCAUGGUGCUGCUGCUCCACAGCCAGCGACAGUACAUCUUCCAGUUCGACAGGAACGACCGCCUCAUGUCGGUGACCAUGCCCAACGUAGCACGCCAGACCCUGGAGACCUCGCUCUCGGUGGGCUACUACCGCAACACCUACCGCCCCCCUGAGGGCAACGCCUCGGUGCUGCAGGACUACAGCGAGGAGGGCCGGCUGCUGCAGACCACCUACCUGGGCACGGGCCGACGGGUGGUCUACAAGUACGGCAAGCUCUCCAAGCUGCUGGAGAUCCUCCACGACACCACCCGCGUGGCGUUCUCCUACGACGAGGCGGCGGGUAUGCUGAAGACGGUCAACCUGCAGAGCGAGGGCUUCGCCUGCACCAUCCGCUACCGGCAGAUCGGCCCGCUCAUCGACCGGCAGAUCUUCCGCUUCGGCGAGGAGGGCGCGGUGAACGCCAGGUUCGACUACGUCUACGACAACAGCUUCCGCGUCACCAGCAUGCAGGCCGUCAUCAACGAGACGCCGCUGCCCAUCGACCUGUACCGCUAUGACGACGUGUCGGGCAAAGCCGAGCAGUUCGGCAAGUUCGGCGUGAUCUACUACGACAUCAACCAGAUCAUCACCACGGCGGUCAUGACGCACACCAAACACUUCGACGCCUACGGACGGAUCAAGGAGGUGCAGUACGAGAUCUUCCGCUCACUCAUGUACUGGAUGAUGGUGCAGUACGACAACAUGGGCCGCGUGGUGGCCAAGGAGCUGAAGGUGGGACCCUACGCCAAUACCACACGCUACACCUACGAGUACGACUCAGACGGCCAGCUCCAGGUGGUGUCCAUCAAUGACAAGCCUCUGUGGCGCUACAGCUACGACCUCAAUGGCAACCUGCACCUCUUGAGCCCGGGGAACAGCGCCCGCUUGACGCCGCUGCGCUACGACAUCCGGGACCGCAUCACCCGGCUGGGGGACGUGCAGUACCGCAUGGACGAGGACGGCUUCCUCAGGCAGCGGGGCAACGACUACUUCGACUACAACUCGGCCGGCCUGCUGGUCAAAGUGUACAACAAGGCGAGCGCUUGGAGCGUCCGCUAUCGCUACGACGGUCUGGGCAGGAGGGUGUCCAGCCGGAGCAGCCCGGGACACCACCUGCAGUUCUUCUAUGCCGACCUGUCCAGCCCCACCCGGGUCACCCACAUGUACAACCACACCAGCUCCGAGAUCACGUCGCUGUACUACGACCUGCAGGGCCACCUGUUCGCCAUGGAGCUGAGCGGCGGCGAGGAGUUCUACGUGGCGUGCGACAACAUCGGCACGCCUCUGGCCGUCUUCAGCGGUGCGGGGCACAUGAUCAAGCAGGUGCUCCACACCGCCUUCGGCGAGGUCUACCUGGACACCAACCCCGGCUUCCAGCUCGUCGUUGGCUACCGGGGAGGCCUGUACGAGCCCCUGAGCAGGCUGGUCCACAUGGGGCGCAGGGACUACGACGUCCUCGCCGGGCGCUGGACCACGCCCGACCACGACGUCUGGAAACGUCUCAACAGUGGCCACAUCGUGCCCUUCAACUUGUACAUGUUCAAGAACAACAACCCGCUCAGCAACAACGAGGAGAUCAAGUGCUACAUGACGGAUGUGAACAGCUGGCUGGUGACCUUUGGCUUCCAGCUCUACAACGUCAUCCCCGGCUACCGCAAGCCCAACACGGACAGCAUGGAGCCGUCCUACGAGCUGCUGCGCACUCAGAUCAAGACGCAGGAGUGGGACAGCACCAAGUCGCUGCUGGGCGUGCAGUGUGAGGUCCAGAGGCAGCUCAAGGCCUUCGUCAAGCUGGAGCGCUUCGGCCAGAUCUACUCCGCCAAGAGCGCCGGAUGCCCGCAGGCGCCGUACAGGACGCUCUUCGCCUCGGCGGGCUCCAUCUUCGGCAAGGGCGUGAAGUUGGCGGUCCGAGACGGCCGCGUCAGCACGGACAUCGUCAGCCUGGCCAACGAGGACGGGCGCCGCAUGGCCGCCAUCCUCCACGACGCCCUCUACCUGCAGUCCCUGCGCUUCACCAUCGGCGGCGUGGACACGCACUACUUCGUCAAGCUGGGCUCGGUGGAGGCCGACCUGGGCCUGGUGGGCAUGGCGGUGGGCCGCCGCACGCUGGACAACGGCGUCAACGUGACCGUGUCUCAGGUCAACGCCGUCCUCAACGGCAGGACUCGCCGCAUCACCGACAUCCAGCUGCAGCACGGCGCGCUCUGCCUCAACACGCGCUACGGCGCCGGCGUGGACGAGGAGAAGGCCCGCGUCCUGGAGCUGGCCCGCCAGCGCGCCGUGGCCCAGGCCUGGGCCCGCGAGCGCCAGAGACUGCGGGACGGCGAGGAAGGCUCGCGCGCCUGGACGGAGGGCGAGAAGCAGCAGCUGCUGGGCUCGGGGAAGGUGCAGGGCUACGACGGCUUCUACGUGCUGGCGGCCGAGCAGUACCCCCAGCUGGCCGACAGCGUCAACAACGUCCACUUCCUGCGACACGGCGAGAUGGGCCGCAGGUGACAUGGACGCCGCGCUACGGGACUCCUCGCCAAAGACGCUUUUUCCUCUCUUUCUUUGUGGGAAUGUUUGUCACGGACAGCGGGAGCGCCGUCCUCCGUGGAGUAAUGGCGCCGCUCCCUGACUCCGCCUCCUCGCUCCGCGUCGGCCUUUUCCUCAGCCGAGGAGAUUCCCUCCGACGGGUUUACAAAGAAAGGAGAUGACCGCCGACAAGCUUUCAUUUCUUUUAUGAGUGUGUGACCAUGUGACUCCAUCACUUCCUGUGAAGGGAAAAAAUGACUUCCUGCGGGGUCGGUUGUCACGACGACGGGUGUGAAGUGGAAAAAAGACGAAUGUGAAGCCUUUUAUCCUUGAUUGUUGUUCUUCAACCAAACUUCUGAAGGCGUCCACCGCAUGGAGGAAACUAGGAAGUGUUUUUCCACCUACACCUGCUGCUUGGCCACCUGGACCUGGUGUAGACCUGGUGUGGCCCUGGUGUGGACCAGGU